UCAAUAGGUGCCCCUGUAACCUUGGAUCAAUAGGGAGUGAACUGUGACAGGCUAUUGAUCCAAACCGGGCUGUUCCUGACAAAUUGUAAUUUACGUACACCGUGCAGUGUCAACAAACGUGUACAUCGACUGUCGAGCUAUUUUGCCCUGAAUAAAGUUACCACUGAAGUGUUCGUGUAGCAUCAAUACACUGCAGAUUGGCUGUGCCGGGAUUCUUCUCGUACCAACUUGUGACAAGUGCCAUGGCUGGAGUGUUUGGAUUCUGCGGGUCUCCAAGUCUACUGAUAGCCAUCUUAUUAUUCACUGGAACUGUUGUACCGUCCUUGUCUAACGUGCCAAAUGCAGAUCCUCUGUGGGGAUAUUUUUCAGCCGUUGCUGGACAGGAUGGGCAGAUAGAUACUAGGGAACUGCAACGAGCCUUGACGGCUUCGGGUAUAGCGGGAUCCUAUCAAUCAUUUAGCAAGGCAACCUGCAAAGUGUUGAUCCUUAUGCUGGAUCAUGAUCGGUCAGGCAUGAUGGGAUUCAAUGAGUUCAAGGAACUAUGGAAUGUCCUCAAUCAAUGGAAGGCUUCGUUUCUAACAACUGAUAGAGAUCGCAGCGGCACAUUGGAACCACAUGAGUUACAUCAUGCCCUUCUAAACUUUGGAUAUAAUCUGUCCCCCAACGCACUCGGGGCGAUUAUUCGUCGUUUCGCUGUGAAUGGCAGAAUCAGUCUGGAUGACUACAUCCUGUGCAGUAUUCGACUGCGGACAGUGACAGAUCAUUUUAAGAUGCGGGACACUUCUCGAAAUGGACAUGCCAACUUUCAAUAUGAUGAUUUCAUUCAAGUUGUUAUGAGCGUGUGAUGACUAGAGGAGACAACUUACAUUGAAGCGCCUAUGCGCCUCAGAUAAUUCUUACAACGUCGAGUGAAUGGGCAACCCACGUAAUCUUUAGACUCUAAAAGGAAAAGUAACCUAAGAAAUUAGCAAAAUGUGUAUCGCGCAGAAUAGACUUCGUUUGAAGAUUUGCUGUUUGUCAAGGUCGUUUAGCUUUUUCUUUUUACCGAAGAUGAAUCACUGAGAUCAUAUGUGUAAAAACGGAGAUGUUUAAUGCUAUAUAAAGGAGGAAAAUUAAUCGAGGAUGUGCUGGUAUUACACGCACCGAUGCCUUUUAGUGCAAGUGUAUUUAGAUGGUAAGCCAGAUUCGAAAUACCCUCUGGACCAGUGGACCGAGAUCUGUGAUUUCAACAGUCUUACCAGUAAAAUCCCUCCAGUCUAGUUUGUUCGUACAUAUUUUUUCCCAUGAAUUAUUCCAAAAUGUUCGUUAAAGAAUCAUUUUUGAGAUAAAGGUACAUGUACACGGUAACUUGCGAGCACGGGCGUCGCUAGACCAUUCUGAAGGGGGGGGCGGGUGCCACAUGAAAUUUGCCCACGGACCGUCACGCAAAACGAGUUUGCUGUAUCCCCCUUCCUUUCAUCCCCAUUCUCCGUUCUUCAUUCUGUUUUUAAUUUUGCUACCAGACCAUGAUUUUCCCCCACAAAACUAACCGGGGGGGGGUUGACACACCCCUCCAGCGACGCCUGUGCUCACGCGUACAUGUUAAACUUGUGUUUCCUAAUACUGUAUAGUCACUGGCCAGUCUUGUAACCUAUUCCAGAUACAGGCUAUACCGUGGUCCAGUAAAAGAAUUUGAUCCCUGCGUGCCAAGGGAGAGGGGUAGACUGGUGAGCUGGCCCCUGUGAGCGGCCAUUCUGGAAUGCUGCUAGAUCGAGGAAGUCAAAAUUAGCCGCAGACAUUCAGACAGUACGAUGCAUGUGUAAAAAAACUGAUUUUAAUUGGUAUUUUAAUGCUUUAAAUUCUACAGUCAUUACAGUACAAGUUCGUCUGCAAGAAAUCAACAUUUAUAUACAUACUGUACAAUUCACAUACUGCUUACGUUUGAUGAAAAGCUACACAAACGGGGUAUGACUGGACCUCAAAUACCGUUUGUAAAGUAUGAGUGAAUACUUUCACCUUUAGAAUUUAAUAACCGUAUAAUCGUCCUUAAGUGAGAUAAAAGCAAAUUUACCAGUGAAAUACACCUUUAGUUUAAGAAAGACACACCAUUUCGAUGUUGUGUAUGUGAAUUGGUUUUAAUCAUACUGUACAAAAUAUUCUCCUUUGUUUAUCUAGGUUUUUCUUGGGCGUAAUUUAUUAUAUAGGCCUAUCCUUCUUUUGAUCUUCAUGAAAUGUACAGAGGUAAGACUGCCCUUGCAAUUAUGGAUGCUACUGUUGUAUGUUCACUCACUUAUAAACCUUUAAAAUAAAUGCUGUAGAUUUAGGGAUUAUUGGCGCUGUUACCUGGAAAAUAAAAUUUAAUAAUGGAUAAGCUUA